GUGUUCGGUUUUACAUCCAGUAGAAAUCCUGCAGUAGUAGACUUUGUCCCAUCAGGCUUUUGUGAGGCGUUAAAACUGAACUGUUAUCACACGCGUCUCUCUUCCUCCACUCUUCCUUCACUCUCUCACUCACACUCACUCACACACACACAAACACACACUCUCUCAGACUGAAACAGCGGGAACGGGGACCCCAAAGGACGUCCAUCCAGAAGGAGGCUAGAAAUGGAAAGCUUUAACCACAUGCUGAACAAACAUAUUGACUCAUGGAUGGGUCCCAGGGAUCCUCGGGUCAGAGGCUGGCUACUGCUGGACAACUACCCACCCACUCUGGCCUUCACCAUCAUGUACCUCCUGAUCGUGUGGAUGGGGCCGAAGUACAUGAGGAACAGGCAGCCUUUCUCCUGCAGGGGGAUCUUAGUGUUGUAUAAUCUGGUGCUCACCUUUCUCUCGUUUUACAUGUUUUAUGAGCUUGUGACUGCUGUGUGGCAAGGCGGCUAUAAUUUCUUCUGCCAAGACAUUCACAGCGGAGGAGAGGCCGACGACAGGAUUAUUCGCGUGCUGUGGUGGUAUUACUUCUCCAAGCUCAUCGAGUUUAUGGAUACCUUCUUCUUCAUCCUGCGCAAAAACAACCACCAGAUCACCUUCCUGCACAUCUACCACCAUGCCACCAUGCCGAACAUCUGGUGGUUCGUCAUGAACUGGGUGCCAUGCGGACACUCCUAUUUCGGGGCCAGCUUUAACAGCUUCAUCCACGUGCUGAUGUACUCUUAUUACGGACUCUCAGCCGUUCCUGCCAUGCGGCCGUACCUGUGGUGGAAGAAGUAUAUAACACAAGGACAGCUGAUCCAGUUCGUCCUGACCAUGAUCCAGACAUCCUGUGCUGUGGUGUGGCCCUGCGGUUUCCCAAUGGGUUGGCUGUAUUUCCAGAUCAGUUAUAUGAUCACCCUUAUUAUGUUCUUCUUAAACUUCUACAUACAGACUUAUAAGAGGCCCGGGGCUGGGCUGAAAAAGGAUCACCGACACAACGGUGUUAAAUCUGAGAACGGCCACUCGAACGGCGCGACUCAUACAGACACGGUAAAGCACAGGAAGCCGAGGGCAGAUUGAGGACCUGUCCGCUCAGCCAGUUCCUCCAUAUCUGUGGAACACUUCUGUGAAUGUGUUGAAAAACUUCCCCAGUCUACACACCGCAGAGAGAAAAGCAAAUUAAAAGUAAAUCCAUAUUAAAGUUGAAGAGAGUCCUAACAUUUUGCACACUUUAGUGUCCUGUUCAUAUUGAAUUCAAAGACAGUACGAGGAGAAAUACACUGUAGUUUAAAUAAAAGUCAUAACAGGGUCUGUAGAAUAUCUACAUGUAGAGUAUAUUAAUGUGUUGUAUGUGUGACGGCCUGGGAAAAUCCUUUGGAUAUCAUCGAGACCAGCUACUUUCGAAACCAUAAAUCUUUUUCAUCAAAAGUUCUUUACUUUCUAACCUUGCCAUGGCUUUCUGCAGAGAUCAUGUUUGGUUGACGAGGAGCCAGCUGUAAAAUCAUCAGUCUGCCUAAAGAACGCUCGCUAACCAUGCUUUCUUCGCGAAGUGAACAUCAUGCUUCGAUCAAGUUGCUGGUUAUGUGCCUCAGUGAACCGAACGUAAGCCAAA